CAGGCAGUGUGCCGUCAUGGAUGUGGCUCUGGAUACCAUCAAGCAAUACUUUCAUGCGGGCGGGAACGGCUUGAAGAAGACUUUCCUGGAGAAGAGCGCUGAGCUUUCGUCGCUCCGCCACGCUCUGUCGCUCUACACCCAGACCACCGACACGCUCAUCAAAACCUUCGUGACCACGCAGCAUUCACAGGGCUCAGCUGUGGACAAACCCAUCGGAGAGGUUUCCCUGCAGAUUGAGCUGUACACUCAUCCCAAGAGCGGAGAGCGGAAAGUUACUCUCAAAGUGAUUGCAGCCAGUGAUUUGAAGUGGCAGACGUCUGGGAUGUUCAGACCCUUCGUGGAAGUCACGAUGAUCGGGCCGCACCUCAGCGACAAGAAGCGCCGAUUUCAGACCAAAUCCAAGAACAACAGCUGGUCUCCCAAAUACAACGAGACCUUUCACUUGUAA